UUUUACAUUUAUUUAUAGAAAAACUAGCUAAAUUUUCCCUUCUUUUUUUUUUUUUUUUUUUAAUUCAGUGUGCCAUAUGGCCGUGCAUUUAACAAGACCGAAGUCCUCAAAAGGGCGACGCAGGUCAACCAAAACCCUCAACUUUUUCCAAAACAACGAUCCUCCACAACAAAGCGGCAGCGGAUCACUUUUUUCGGCCGAGUUUGGGGCGGGAGAACCGGACACGCUGCUCCGUCCACAGUCCCGACAUGAGAUGCGGCAUUCCGGAUCUCUGAGCCAAAAUCAGGUUCAACAAAACAAGCUGCCCCACGGGUGUGCGUCUGGCCAGACCCUGAACAAGUACAAGGUUCUUCCGUCCAUAGAGAAAGAGAAAGGAAGGCCCAAACACAGAGAUCACGGCGUGGAUAACGGAGUGACCGAUCUAACGCUCACUGGAAGGCAUAUUUUCAAGUUUGCAGAGGGAGGUGCUGAAGGAGACCACACUACAGGUCAUGGACUUGGUACCUGCAGCUCGGAGGAUGACAGAAAGGUGGCGCCAUCACCGGACACUUUGCUGCUUGCCAUCAAAGACCCGGCUGGAAGGAGGUUUGAGCAGCGCUUUCACCCAUCGGACACUUUGCUCCACGUGAGGGCCAGUGCAGAGGCCAUGUACGGGGUGAAGUUUGGAGAGAAGACAAUGAUAGAAACCAUGGAGGUCCCUCGAAGGAGCUUUAGCAACAUGAGCCUGACUUUGGCCCAGUGUGGCAUCAGCAACAAGUCUGUGCUCUGCAUUUUUCAAUCAGAGGAUGAGUGAAACACGGUCAAAUGUCUGUGUGCCUGUCGCCCAUUGGAGCAGCAGCAAUAUAUAACACAAUAACCCUAGCCUAGCACAUUGAUUUAUACAAACAAGGUGGACAUUAUAUGCAGAGGCGGUUACAGUAGCCAUAAAUUGCAGAAUUGUGUAUUUACUUGAGUAACUUUUUAAAGAAAUUGUACUUUUCCAGCAGCGUACUAUGCAAGGUCUAUAACAAAAGCUUUAUGUUGACAAUAUUAACUGAUUUGAAUAUUUGAGUUUGUUGCGACUGCUCCUUCAGAUAUCAUUUAUAGUUUUUAGAUUUUUGUGUCUAUCCUUUGAAAAUACCAGAUUUUGUGCAUUAU